CACUCCCGCCAUCUUAGCAGGAACGGCUGAGGCUAGCAGGGCCUGUCUCCCAGAGAAGAAGCCCCGGAGUCGCAGGGUUGAGGGGGGCGAGGCAGGGCAAGGGCAGGACUUUGGACGCCUUGCGGCCCUAGAGUCACUAAUACCGCAUCUGCCUCGGAAGUUCCUCUACUCUGCCCCUGCCUGUCGUGGCCCCGCGGCAGAGUUCUCGGCUCCUUCUAGUUCGGGUGGAGCAUUGUCCGCUCACGCCGCCUCUCCAGCCUAAGUCGGCCUUUAUCUAAGCACGGUCCUUGGAAGGGGGAAGCGUCCCUUGUUUCCGCCGUAAAGUUGAAAUCGUCCCAAACGGCCCGAAUCUUUCUGCAAUGGUACCCAUCAGGCCCAACGACGCUAGCCUCGGGGUCUCUAACGCCGUGGGAAAUAAAUACGCCCAGCCCCCUGAUCCCGAGGCCCCCCCGCCAAACCCCUCUUUUGUGAAAGCCCUGGAGGCAGUUAUAGCAGCUGGUCGACGUGGCUUGCUAGGCCCAGCGGGCAGGGUGGCCGCUGAAAGUGUCCCAGCGUUGAACGUGGAUGGUUGCAAUGGAGCGGCUUCUCGGAAACACCUGAAUCCGGCAGGAGUAGACAAAAGGAAGAAGGUGGUCAAUAAGAAACGUACUGCUGUAAUAACUGUUGAGUGCUCAGCGGAGGGUAUUGCAAAUCUGCAACCUGCACCAAAGGAAAUAUGGAUAUGUGGGAAUUCUGUGAUCUCGACAUUGGAGAAAAGAGCACAAAGUCACCCUCAUGGAUUGCAGUUGGGCAUCUCAACUUCACGGGCGCAUAUGUUUUGGCGUGGGAUACCGAGCAUGAGGUGGAACCAGCUUAUGCCUCUUUUGCAUGAAAUUUAUCAUCUCCGAUCUCCUCCAUCAGUAAUAAUAAUUCAUCUUGGUGAAGAUGAUCUGUAUCACUCAAAUAAUAAAUCAUUCAUUAUCUCAGUGCGAAAUGAUUUAGGCAUUCUUAAAAGAGCAUUUCCAGAUACUGUUAUAGUUUGGUCUUCACUGUUACCAAGACAUAGUUGGAGAGAAAAUCUGAAGCCUCAAUGUAUGGAACUAGUCCAAAAAGAAAUUAACGAGAUAAUGGUAAAUUAUUGCAAUAAAAUUGGUGUGCACUUUCUGUCACAUAAUUUGAUUACCUCUGAUAAAGCAAACCUUUUCUUGCCAGAUGUUAAUGAUCUAUCUGAUGAGGGAGCUGAUAUUUUCAUAGCCGACCUGAAGAAAGUUUUAAGAUUGUAUGAGAUUAUGCAGUAGCUCAGAAAGAGUUUUUGAAAAGCAGUGUAUAUAAUGUUUGGGAAGAUUGGUUUUAUUAUUACCUAAAAAAAAAGGAGACACGAGCUGGCUAUAUACAAUAUAGCUUAACAUUUUCUCUCAUGGAUAUGUCACAGAUUAACAGAUCUGUUCUUAUAAAUAAGUUUUGAGAUGAUGGUAUUCUGUAACAAAUGAAAAAAUGGGUCUGUCUGACAUCAUAAAGACUUCAAAUGUGUGCCCUCAUGUUAAUGAAACUGGGUAUUUUAUUCCCUUGAACGGCUAUUGUAAAAUAACAUCGUAACAUAAAGUGCUGUAAUGAAAAACAUCACACAUCUUAUACCUGCUUGUGCCUUGUUUCUUAGUCCAGGGGUGGGAAAUCUUGCUGGCUCAGGAAUUCUGAGAGUUGAAGGUCACAAGUCAUUUAAAAGAGCCAAGGUUCCCCACUUCUGUCCUAGUCUUUAAAGAAGCAGUUUCUAUGAUAUUUAACUAAUAUAUCAGGAUAUAUGUAGAAACAUUGAAUAGGGGAUUUUCUUCCAUUGAUAUCUGAAAGAAAUGGCUGAGGUUCGACAUCAUGAAAGAAUAUUUUGUAAAUAACAGUGUUUCAAGAUACCGUAUAUUUAACAUGCCUGUUGAACUUCAGUUGACAAAUGGCUUAAUCCAAGAGCCUAGUGCCAUUGAAGGCUAUUACCUAGUAAGAAUUUGUAAGGUUCUGACCAAAACCAGCAGCAUUGUUUCAAAAGAGGUGACUUGGACCAAAUAGCCAUGACGACAAACAAAAGCUGUUUUCUAGUAUGGCACAUAUAGAAAAUUAUAUGCUGCCAAAUGCCAUAAUAUAUUUUACUUUUUUACUUCAUUUUAUUUUUGGAUGCUUAUAAGAUUAAAUACUUUAAGGGUAUGGAUUCUAUUUUCUUAGUGCUUAAUAUUAGGAAUUUUCUGUAUAAACUGUAUUCUUCAGUAAUAGUGGUUAAAAAAAACCCUCUAGCUAUAACACCCAUAACCAGUAAAAGAAAUCCAAGUGGAUUAGUUGGCCUGUCAGAGAAAAUACAAAUAGCUACAGCAACUAAAGCUACACAUUUAGUAAUAGUGACUUAGCUUUCAGAUUUCAUAUAAUUGCUCCUUCAGCUGGAGAAAAAAAUGAAAAAGAAAAAAAUGUUGCUGGUAAAAAUGGAUAUGCACUUAAAAGGGGAUUACAUUGUUUCUUUUUUUCCCUCCAUCUUGCCAAUUUCAUCUGAUAGCAUUCAAAGCUAGCUGCAGCUGUUAUUUCCAUAGUUAGCUGAAAAUGACAGGAAAACCAUCCUUUUGUUUGUUGUUUUUAUAAGAAUAAUCAUCAGGUUAUGCAUGCCCUCUUUAUCACUAUUUCAUUACAACUCUACAAAUUACUACAGUAUUUCAUUGGGAGGAUUUGGAAUAUACUGUAGAUUACAUAAUAGCCAAAAAAUGUGUGCAGCAAUUUGUUAGCAUUUAUUUAGUUAGACUGAUGAUGAUCCCAUGCAGAUGUCAAACACUGAGGAAAAAUAUUCCAGAAAGAUUAUGAAACUUUGAUAUGCCACCUAUCAGUAUAUAUGUAGGACAACUGGCGUUAACAAUCAAAAGCCAUCACUGUUUAAUUCUUUGAUAGUCAUGGCAUUGUCCAGAAUAGAUGAAGCAGAUUUAUAUUAUAAUAGGUUCACCUAUCUGUGAAUUGACUGUGACAAAUGUUUCCUAAUGCUUGUACAGUUUUAAUACUGCACUAAUAUUACUAUAGGAAUUUAAUUACGAUAAACUGUGAGGAAUAUAGAUGUUUGUGAGGAAUACUAUGGAAUGUAAAUAGAAGUUCCAGCAGCAUCCAAAUACUAUUACAUCUUUAACAUUUCUGUAAAAUGUGGAAUAAGGCAGAGUGAUUUUUACAGAGUAGUGUACCUUGAUAUAGUUGUAUAGUAUUUAGGUUUAUGUUAGUGCUUUUCUCUUAAUGUCUUUAAUGCAAUUAUUUGAACGUUUAUCUGACACAUGCAUUUUUCUGGGAAUAAAGAAUGUAAUU